AUGCCCGGAAACUUUGGCCAGAAAAUCCUCAAGACCUUCGGGUUAGACGAUAACCAACAUGGUCAGGGCCAGGGCCAGCCUCCACAGCAGUACCAACCACCGCCACAGCAGGGUUAUCCAGGCCAGCAGCUGCCUGGCAACCGCCACAUUGAAGAUGGCGAUCGAGCACUUCACCCGGACAAGCACGGUACAUACCCCCGGCUCGCCAGACUCGGUGACGGGUCGUUGCUCGCCUCGUUCACCCACUUCCAAGGGAACACACGCGUGCUGGCCGUAUCGAGAAGCACCGACGGCGGCCGGACGUUCGAGGACUGGGGGGAAGUGACGCGCGGCGAGGGCGACGUCGACAACGUGUUUCUGCUGGAGGUCGCGCCGGGGACGGUGCUGGGGGCAUUCCGGAACCAUGACCUGGGGCCUAACGGGCCCACGCACUUCCGGAUCACGGUGUGCCGGUCGAUGGACGGCGGCAGGAGCUGGCACUUCCUGUCGCAGGCGGCGGAGAAGAGCCCGCCGCACGGCAUCUGGGAACCGUUCAUGCGGCUGGGCCGCGGGGGCGAGGUGCAGCUGACGUAUUCGCUGGAGUUCGCGCAUAACAACCAGAGCACGAUGAUGGUGCGGUCAUUCGACGGCGGUGCCACAUGGACUCAGCCGCAGUGUCUGCAUGGGGACUGUGAUCUGUUGCGGGAUGGCAUGAACGGCAUCGCGCCGACCUGGGAUAACGGUCGCGAGGCGUUGGUGAUGAUCUUCGAGACCACCUCCUUCGGCACAUUCAACUUGGAGGCGCUGAUUUCCUACGACGACGGCCAAACUUGGGGCUGGCGUCACCGCGUGUAUGUCCCGCCGCAGGGCCACAAUGCUGGCGCCCCCCAGAUCGCCUCCUUCGCUGAUGGUUCGCUGGCGGUUAUCUUCAUGACGGACGAGGACCACCAGGAGGUGUCGUGGACGAAUAAUGCCUCCAUCAAGGUCGUCUUCGCUGGACCCCCGCAGAACGGCCAGAUCCAGUGGACCAGGCCGUCCGUCAUCUGUCCUCAUACUAGUCACUGGCCGGGUAUUGCGCCCGUGGAUGGGAAUACGCUGUUUGCGACUUUUGAAUGCGAGGGACGCCCGAGGGCGAAGGCUAUCACUCUGCACUGA